GCGUAGGUCUCGUUUUUCUUGUCCUAAUUCCCCAAUCCAUCUCAGGAUCUCUACCGAUCCAUGGCGAUGUCCUCCUCCUCCUUCCCCACCGCCACCGCCACCGCCACCGCCUCCUUCCCCAACUGGGUGAUGCUGGAGCGAUUUGUCUUCCGCAGAGACGACGACAAGUCAUUCCCCGACGACACCAAGGCUACACUGAGGGCAUCCGGUUCCGGAUCCCACAAGACCCCCUUUACCAUCGCCUUCCGUAUCGCCGACCCUCCGGCGAUCUCCCGCCUGUACGUGCAGUGGCCACAGGGCCCGAAUCCGGAGGAGAUGGUGGCAUGCCACCUCGUGGCCACCCACCGCAACCUCGUUCUCGUAUGCUUCUGCUACAUCGUCGAGUGCCCUGUUCCGGCUUGCCCGCAGGACUACUUCAUCUUCACCGCGUCCGGCGACGACCCAGUUUCCUCGCCGCUACUCAAAGCCCUCCCCCCAUGUACCUACCAGCCAAAAGGGGGGGAACCCCUCCCAUGUACCUACCAGCCAGAAGGCGGCUUCCCCCCAUCUGAUGUUGAGGGCGACGGCAACCUGCGGUAUCCAUUGGAGUUUCGAUCCGUCGGCAUCUUGUGCCAAGGCGAAGAGUUUGCCGUCGCCGAGCUGCAGGUCCUCAGAAACAUCAAUGCUAAUGUCAAAGCCAGACUGUGCGUGCUCCGCUCGGCCAUAUCCUCCAAAGGUGAAGAUGGAGAUGGAGGCGGCCGGUGGGAUAUCAUGGAGCUGCCAAUCGUGUACGGCAGCGGCGAAGAGUACUGGGACAUCUUCUACUGGACCACUGACACUGUGAUCGCCUUCCAAAACUACCUCUGCUGGGUGGACUACGACCGAGGCAUGCUCUUCUGCGACGUACUGCAGAAAAGGCCUGGAAUCGCCUUCAUCCGGUUUCCUCUGGACAGCUUCCCUAACGGUAGAUCUCGCCGCCAUUUCUCCCAGGUGUACCGUGGUGUGUCUGUCACACCGAGUGCGACGGCUCUGGCGCCCUCAAGUUUGCUGAUGUCAACCGGCUCGAUAGCAAGUUGUUAGGCUCCCUAGAACCAGGACGGGGCUAUACCAUCACCUGCCACACUUUGAGGACGUUAGGGCUGGAUGUUGGGGCCAUUGAGUGGAGCAAAGACUUUGCGAUCACGUCCAAGGAGAUUUGGUCCUUCAAGGGCCCUGAGCUCGUGCCUCAUGAAGUUCUCCUGUUUCUUACCGUGAGCAUGGAGAUGCCGAAUGUCAUGCACUUCCUCACCUGCGACUAUGAGCACGUGAUCAGGAAGAUGUCGGUUGUGACCAUUGACCUAGCCAGCAAGACCGUGUUGUCAGUUAUUCCAUAUGUUAAUGGGCAGGAGGACCUUUCCGGUGAGGAUGCCGACAUGGUCAGGGCAAAGUCAAGCUAUCCCCAGUCCUUCCUCCCCUCUGAGUUUUCCAAGUACUUCAAUUCAAUCUAACAUGGAAGAGGAAUAACCAGGAAUGAGCAUUUGUAGGAGCUAGCAGGAAGAGGAAGAACCAGGGAUGAGUGUUCUGAAUUAGUGGUUUACAAAGUGCUAAAUGUUUACUUUCAUGUAUUUAUUUCUUGCGUCGCUAUGAACUUGAAUGUCACACUUCAGAACUCCUUGUAGUGCAGUACCAACUAGAGGCAUUUUGUGGAUCCAUUUACACCUAAUAUGAAAAAUGGUUAAAUCA